AGAUUCUGGAGAAAUGUAAAGCUAUCUAUACCAAUAUAUACCUUAUUAGAAAAAACCAAUAUAGGGAAAUUUGUGAAUCAAGAUACCUUAGCUUAUCAAUAUGAAUAAUUCAUUCUUGGUAGCACAAAAUUGUGUGUUGUUUCUAGAUAUGGUUCCUUUGUGACUCACUCUCAACUAAAUUGCUUUGAAGUGAGUCUUGUUUGAAAAUUAACUUAGGUUUAUAUGUAUUCUUUUCUUGUUGGCAGAUUGCAAAAAGAAGAGGCACUAUAAGUUUGUGUGAUCAAAGCAAGUGAAGUUGGUGAAAGACUUAAGGUAUUUCUUGCAAAUCACUUUGUAGCAAUGGAUAAGAGUUGGAUGAAAAUUACCAAUAGAAGGUCACAAGAAUAUUUAGAUGGAGUUCAACAGUUUCUGAAUUUCGCAUCUAAUCAUGCAUACCCGGAUGGAACAAUUUCAUGUCCAUGUAAAAAAUGCGUGCAUACGAAUUCAUGGCCUAUAGAUGUUGUACAGGCUCACUUAGUGUCAAAAGGGAUUUGUAGGGGUUAUAACCCUUGGGUUUUUAAUGGGGAAAUAUCGUCUGCGAAGACUUCUACUGAAAUUCCUAGUAGUCAUGUCCAAGAAAACCCAAUAGAGUAUGCUGAUCUUCGUGACAUGUUGCAUGACAUAUUCCCCAUACAAGAUAUGGCAUCUGCGCCAAUGGAAGAAGUCCCUAGUGUGCAACAACCCACAGAAGGUCCUGCAAAAGGUCCUAAUGAAGAUGCACUUAAGUUUAUGAAAUUGCUUGAAGAUGCUAGUCAACCUUGUUAUGAAGGUUGUAAGUAUUUUAGCAAAUUGUCAGCCAUUGUGCAUUUGUACCACAUGAAGUGUCUUAAUGGUUGGACUAACAAAUCAUUUACCAUGUUGCUGGAAUUUUUGCUUGAUUUUCUCCCUUCAAAUUCUAAGUUGCCAAAAGAUUAUUAUGAGGCUAAGAAGAUUAUUAAAGAUCUGGGCUUGAGUUAUGAGAAGAUUCAUGCUUGUCCUAAAGAUUGUGUUUUAUAUUGGAAGGAGAAUGCCAACCUUGAAGCUUGUCCAAAUUGUAACCUUUCAAGAUGGGAAAGUAAUGAGUCUAAAGGUCAACAAAGUACUAAUGCUUCCUCCAAGAAAAGAAAAAAGAAAGCUGCAAAGAUUCUACGAUGGUUCCCUUUAAAGCCAAGAUUGCAACGGCUAUUUAUGUCUCCUGAAACAGCCAAUCAUAUGAAGUGGCAUGCCAAUGGUCGUGUGAAUGACGGGUUAAGGAGACAUCCUGCUGAUUCUGAAGCUUGGAAGUCAUUUGACCGUAAGUAUGUAGAGUUCUCAUCCGAACCUCGUAAUGUGAGGCUUGGAUUAGCAGCUGAUGGAUUCAACCCGUAUGGAAAUAUGAGUACUACUCAUAGUACAUGGCCUGUCAUUUUGAUCCCAUACAAUCUCCCUCCAUGGAUGUGUAUGAAAAGAUCUUAUUUCAUGCUAUCAUUAUUGAUUCCCGGUCCAACCUCACCCGGGAACGAUAUUGAUGUUUUCUUACAACCCCUAGUAGAAGAAUUGAAGGAGUUAUGGGAUGUUGGAGUAGAAACGUUUGAUGUGUCUUCCAAAAAAUCAUUCCAAAUGCAUGUUGCAUUAUUGUGGACUAUAAAUGAUUUUCCUGCAUAUGGUGAUAUCUCGGGUUGGAGUACCAAAGGAUCUCUUGCAUGUCCCUCUUGUAACUAUGAUAAACAAUCUCGUUGGUUAAGAUAUGGAAGAAAAUUUAGUUACAUUGGACAUAGGCGAUUUUUGGAUAGUGAUCAUAGAUUCCGUAAGCAAAAAAAAUCAUUUGAUGGGAAUAUUGAUAACAGAUCAGCUCCGAUUACAAUAUUCGGAGGGGAAAUCAUGUUACAAACGGAUGCUGUAGCCGAUCAUGUGUUUGGGAAGAAAAAAGUUAAUUUGACCAAUAAAAGAAAAGGAGGGGAAGAAGCCUUAACUGUGUGAAAGAAGAUAAGUAUA